AUGCGCGCUGCCCGGCGGGGUGGCCGGGCGUGCGGUGCCGGGUGUCGCGCACCUCCCGGAGCCGGCGGCUCCAUGGCCAAGCGGCGCGCGGAGCCGUUAGUGUGUCACGUGCCCGUCAAACGGCUCCUGCGCGAGUCGCCGCUGUCCCGCGCUCCGGUGCCCGAGCGGCGCCCCAGGGCCGAAGGGGCCGGCGCCGGCCCUGGCCCUGCCGCCCCGAAGCGGAAGCUGGAGGAGGCUGAGGCGCCGCCGGGCAAGCGGCCCGGGCUGCGCGGUUGCAGCCCUCGCGGCGAGCAGGGGGACGUGGGGGGCAGGCGGCGGCGGCGCGGCACGGCCGUGGCGCCCCAGGACCUGCGGACGGAGGAGGGAUGCGCAUGUGGCCAGAGCAAAGAGCGCGCCGCCAUCGCUGAGCCAGAAGACUUCUGUCAGUAUAACUCAUUCCUGUAUUGGAGAACACCAUUGCCUGCUAUUGAUUUGUCUGAUAUUCAGAACCCAGAUGGUGAGACUCCAUCAGAAACUAAAACUCCUCCAAGGACUGAUACCAUGGAGACUGAAAUGGAAACCUGAUCAGUUGCUUUGUGGUUGUACAUCUACUUGCAGGAAACUUGUUUCCGUUUGGAUUCAGGUUUUUUUUUUGCUUGGAAGAAAACUAAGCAUGCUUCUGCCUUCUUGAAGAAACAGCAUUAUGUCAGUCUGCAAAAGGAAGUGUGAGUUGUCUAAGUGGAUAGGAUAAUUACUAU